GGGGGGGUCAGUGAGGAGUGCGGAUAAAGGUUUAUUUAAAAAAAUUGUAAAGUUUAAUACUGGCUGUUCCCAUGAUGCCGUGGUGAGGGUUGUCAGCAGACGCCUGUGUGUGACAGGCUGUGUUUUCCGCCCAGUUCAGCCCAGCUUUCUUACAGCGAGAAGGCCCUGCUUUAGCACAGACCAGUCCAGGCUCAGACUGUACGAUGUUGGGGCUCUCUGUGUUUCGAAGUUCUCAUGUCUUGAAAGCUCGGGGUCUUUUAUCUGCUGUCAGUGUUCGAGCAGCACAUGGUCAUGAGAUUGCUAAAAGUGAAGACCUCUCGAUGCCCAUGUACUGUGAUCGGAGAGAUACUCCUCUCCCUGAUGUUCCUUAUGUACGGAAGCUGAAUACAGAACAGACAGCCCUGAAAGAAAAGGAAAAAGGGUCUUGGAAGAACCUGACCAAUGAAGAGAAAAUCGCACUGUAUCGCAUCGCUUUUCAUCAGAGCUACCAUGACAUGGUUCAGUCGAACAACGAAUGGAAGACAGUGCUUGGUGGAGCCUUAAUCUUUAUCGGAUUCACUGGCCUGAUUGUGUGGUGGCAGAAGGCCUUUGUGUACCCUCCCAGGCCACACACCUUAAGUGAGGAAUGGAAGGAAAAGCAGGCCAGAAGAAUGUUGGAUAUGCAAAUAAACCCGAUUGAGGGAUUUGCUUCCAAAUGGGACUAUGAGAAGAAUGAAUGGAAGAAGUGAUGUUUGUAUUUAAGCAAGUGCUUGUGUUGUGUCACAAUCAGUAACUUUAAAUGGUCUAACCUCAUGUUAAUCCUGAACCUGUCUGAGUCUGUGAUUAAAUUGUGAAAUGACCACAAACAUUCAAGGUUAAAAUCAGUUACACAUCUGAACAAAAUGCAAUUUAUAAUAAAGAUUGCUCUUACAACAAA